AUGGAUCAUGGCUCAAUGAGUAGUUCCACGACCGACUGCAAGAUGUCGAUGUUGUGGAACUGGUAUACCAUUGAUGCUUGUUUCCUCUCCGAAUCAUGGCAAAUCAAGAACGCCGGCAUGUUCGCCGCCAGCUGCAUCGGCGUCAGCCUGCUCACCGUUUUCCUCGAGGUCUUCCGCCGCCUCGGCAAAGAGUACGAUGCUCUGAUCCAGCGCCAGUUCCAAGCUCGCGCCGCCGAGCUCCAGGCUCGCAUACCUAAGGAGACCAAUUGCUGCGAGCCCCCGGCUGUCGCGGUGCCACAAACUCUUGUCUUCCGCGCAUCCCCGUUGCAGCAGCUCAUCCGAUCCCUAAUCCAUGCCGCCACCUUCGGUCUCGCCUACAUUGUAAUGCUGUUGGCUAUGUACUACAACGGAUACCUCAUCAUCUCCAUCAUUAUCGGUGCUGGCCUCGGCAAGUUCCUGUGUGACUGGCUUGUGGUCCGUGUCGUCUUGGAAGCUCCCACGGCAUCAAGUCCCAAUAUUUCCGGCAUUGAGGAGCCGAGUGUAUGCUGCGGUUGA